GCCAUUUAUUUCUCACACAUUCGAGCUGUCCUACUUUCCACACAGGGAUUCCUGGUGACCCUUUUCUUCUGCUUCCUCAACACGGAAGUGCGCAACACGUUGAGACACAACUGGGCCAGGUGGAAGAUGACCAGUCGCUGGCUCGAAGAUUCCCAAAAUCACGGCAGUCGAAGAAAUGACACGGCGACAGACAGCAAGCGCAACUCCAAGGAGGGAUCUCGAGCUCCAUGCAGCAGACUUUACAGCUAUCCGGAUCACAGUAGCAAGCGUGAUUCAGCCUUCAGUGAAGUGACGAUGGUUGCGCCAUUCACUCCCAUUUCAGUCCUUCAUCUGAACACCUUUGGACCAAGCAGCAGCAGUGUUGAGGACGAGAUUGAGACUCGAACUGAACGUUAUUCUUCGUCCAAUAUUGCUAAAGAAUCGAGAAAUUCAGUUUGUUAAUCGUCAGAUGUCUAAUAUGAGGGAACUUUCGCCAACUUUACUACGGACGGACCGGUUACGUCAUCAGGGCGAAAAACUUUUUUUCUCGCAAACCCGUAGACAAGAUUGAAGACGUAAUCUGGGUCAUCAUCAAACAUCAGUGUGACCCACCUGGUGGGCAAAAUUACAAACUUAUCAACACCUUAAUGUAUGCUCAUUACGGACCACGUCAGAUGAUGAUGUUUUGAAUUGAGGCCCGAAUUGAGGAGCAGCUCUCAUCCGCAAUUUUCAUCCCGACCGUUAUCACGAAAUGGCCCAGUGCUGCAGAUCUCUCAAUAAACUCACACGCGUGAUCUUUAGUCGAGCCUCCCAAUUUCAACGGCGUUAUAUAUUCGACGCCACUUGACGACUUUCAGCUCGACAGCAAGCGCCGCUCACGUAUCCACUAGAUUGCGCAAUAAGAGACGUGCAAUGUUUAGAUUUUUCUCUGCAUACUAUCGACAUCGACAUCUCUUCGCUUGAAGAGCAAUUCCACCCGAGCACGAAACAAACGGCUCUGUCUCUGUGUUUCCAGCAUCCGGUGUUACAUAAUCCACUUCCCAAAAUUCAAUGAACAACUCGAAUGUCUCUCCUUGUAAAAAUGUUACAUAAAUUUGCAAUAAAUUGUGUGUAUAUUUUGCAAAGAAA